UGUGUUGCGUUUUGGGACAGGAGGAUCGCUAUUGCAAACAGGUGUGAUAGAGGAACCAGAGCCGCUUCUUGUUUUGGGAGGGUGUUUUGUUUUAGAUUAGAAUGGUGAUUAUAUUGCAGGCACGGAUAUAAAGAAGACACACACGCACACAUAGAUAUAUUUUAAAUCCAUGUUUAGGAAAAUAACGUUGGAUUUAAUAAGGAGAAGUCCCGUCUCUGAUCGAGAUAUGUUUAGAGAAUUUCAGGAUUGGUGUCUUAGGACUUACGGGGACUCGGGUAAAACAAAGACCGUCACCCGGCGAAAAUACAACAGGAUUCUGCAAACACUUCUCCAGGGCGAAGAAUCCGGCGACAGUGGCUUCAUUGAAAACAACCACGUCAACCCCAAAUUUAAAUUCUGGGUGAAAUCUAAAGGCUUUCAGGUCGGAAGCAAUUCUGCUGCCAGCAGUCACAGUGAACAGAAGAAGGGGGCAUCUGGAAAGCCUGUGCUGUAUGUCCCUGUUAAAGCAACGAUUUCGGAAUGCGGGCCGGCCCAGGACAGCACCUCCCUGAAGCGGGUGGCUGUGGUGGAGGAUUUCUUUGAUAUCAUCUACUCCAUGCAUGUGGAAACGGGGUCCGACCUCAGCAAGGCACCCAAGCAUGCCGGCCAGAAGAAAACAUAUAAAGCUAUAGCGGAGACCUACGCGUUCCUCCCGCGCGAGGCUGUCACCCGCUUUCUGAUGAGCUGCCAUGAGUGUCAGAAGAGGAUGCACAUCAAUCCCAGUGGAGCCGAGUCCAAAGAGAAUGACCGCCCCACCUCCUUAGUCCCAGGACUGAUAGACUACAACAUGCCAAUCACCACGACAUACCUGAAGCAAAUGAAGCUGUGCAGCAUGGGCGCCAACGAGCAGGAUGAAAGUUCAGUGAGCAGCGAGGAUUUUGAUAUGACCGACCCCACAUGGAUGUCAGCUGAUCACGGCACCACGACUGACCUGAGCCCCAGCCAAGGAGAGAGAAUGCACACCCCCCCGAACAGGCACAAAGAGGAGGACGAUGACUCGUCCUCAGAGAGUGGCAGUGGGAACGGCCUGCCCACUCUCAACCCGUCAGCCCCGGGCAGUGCCCAGGAGGACGGAGCCUACACGGAGGUGAACGGGAACAGAGCUCCUGGCCCGCUGGACUUCAGCACCACCUCAUCAUCCUCCUCCUCCGAGGACCAGCCCAUCAACCUGAGCGAGCGACUGCAGCCCCCCUUUCAACCAGAACCCUCAGACGGGCCGAGGAGCCGAGUGAAAUACACAAGCAAGCCAGCCGCGGAGCUCAGACUGGACCGGGAGAUGAGAGACUAUGUAAACAAGUCUCCGCAGUACAGCUCAGGGAGUUACGACUCGGUCAAGACGGAGGUCAGCCUCUGCCCAGAGGACCUCUCGGUCAGCCGGGCGCCCACUGCGGACGACGAUGAUGACGACCACGAUGACCACGAGGACAACGACAAGAUCAACGACUCUGAGGGAAUGGACCCCGAGCGGCUAAAGGCUUUUAACAUGUUUGUCCGCCUGUUUGUGGAUGAGAACCUGGACCGCAUGGUGCCCAUUUCUAAGCAGCCCAAAGAGAAGAUCCAGGCCAUCAUCGAGUCCUGCAGCCGGCAGUUCCCAGAGUUCCAGGAACGCGCCCGCAAGCGCAUCCGCACGUACCUCAAAUCCUGCCGGAGAAUGAAGAAGAAUGGCAUGGAGACACGCCCCACUCCUCCUCAUCUAACCUCUGCCAUGGCCGAGAACAUCCUGGCAGCUGCCUGCGAGAGCGAGACCCGGAAAGCAGCCAAGAGGAUGCGUCUGGACGUAUAUCAGGCUCCUCUCGAUGAACAGAUUUCACUAGAAAAGCCAAGUGCCCGGGAGCCACACUCCGCCUUCACAUUGGCAGCCUCGGCUUACUCACAGGAUCAGAUCUACAUCAAUGGAGGCCUCAACUACAGUUACCGUGGAUACGGGGGGCUAGGAGCCAGUUUGCAGCCUCCUGUCACCCUAACAACAGGGACCACUCUGAGCAAUGGUCCAACUGAUCUCAGCAUGAAGGCACUGGCUUCGAACUCCUCUUCAGCCUCCAGUACAAACAGCAGGGGUGUCCCGACAGCCCAGCUGAGCCCCACGGAAAUCAACGCAGUGCGGCAGCUUAUCGCCGGAUACAGAGAGUCCGCUGCUUUCCUCCUGCGCUCGGCCGACGAACUGGAAAACCUCAUUUUACAGCAGAAUUGAAUUCAGCACCUCCGCCCCCUCCCCUAAAAUGAAAAGAUAUUAAUUACACUGGACCCCGUCCCCGUCCCCUGCAUGGUCUGGUCUCCCCUCAGGACCCCCUCCCUCAAUCUUCACACUACUAGGGGAGGCUUGUGUGCAGAGUAAGAGUGAGCGAGUUGUUGUUUUAAAUUGCAUUGUACCAUCACUCAACCCUCCCAAAGGAGGAAACAACCCAGUCAUGAAAGGUAGCCAGCCUCUUUAGGACCCUUUAGUGUAAAAUGAAAAUGCCUAGCGCCACCCUAGAAGCACUUACAAUUAUUACAGGUCUCCGAGUCAUGGCUAGUAGUUUUGAUCAGCUAAAGACCAUUUCAAGUGUAAUGGCCACUUUUUCACACAGCACCACCUGUCAUUUGGUGCUGGUACUACAGGUAUCUUAAUGCUGCAAGACAAAAAAAAACAACAAUUGACUAGUAUUGUAACGAGCUGUAAAUAUGUGCGAUGUGUUAUUUAAGCACUUUCCUCUCACACAAACCUCACAGUCCCCAUGGAGAAAGCAAACGAAGGUACUGAACAUAAAUAUGCAGAUGGCACGUGGAAAUACCUCAAUAUAUUUAAUUAUAUUUA